AUGCCCCCUCGAUCUUGCCAUGUCUGUUACGAAAACGAAUCAAAAUAUACUUGCGCAACAUGCAGAGCGACCGUUUACUGCUCCGUUGCAUGCUACAAACGACAUAAAGAAUCUUGCGGCUCCACUGAAACUCCACUUGUGACUCGCGAAGCGUUACUACCUUCAUCCGCAGAAGAGAUGCUCGACGAUCCAAAGCCGCUACGCCCUCUCACUUCUCUCAAUUGGCCAUACGUACCCGAAGAAUCAGCAUAUCCCGACCCAUUGAAACGUGAUGACCCAAGGCCGCUGCAACUUCACCAAUACGAAGCUAUCGCUACUUCCUCUGCUGUACGUCGCGUGCUGGAGUCGAAUCCUCGUCUACCAGAGCUCCUCACUUCUAUAGACAAACUCAGAGGUGCAGAUAGAGAGGAUGCCUUACAUCGUGCCCUUGGGGUUGACGCUAGGCAGCUCAAGAACGACCUAUUGGGACCUCAAGAGUUAGAUGAAGACACUAGGACACUGAGACAACUCGCAGAAGCCGUAGAAGCUGCUGUACGAGGAGGAAAGGAAGGAGUGCUGGGUUUGGACUGGGACGAAUAA